UCACUGCGGCUGAAAUACUCUCCCUGCUCUCCCUUUGUUCCAACGUUUGGAAUUGGCGGUCUCGUCGUAUGGGUGUUCUCUGGUCUCGUCCGUUUAGCUACUGGUGUAGCUUUGACGGAGUUGCGUCGCGUCCUGAGUUCAUAUGGAGCGAACUGUGUCUACGACUUCUGAGGAAGACAUCCUCAGAAAGCACCUCCAAUGUCUAGAAAAGCAGGGAAACACCUGGACUGGUUACGUGGAGUCGAAGGAACAAUAUGACGAGCUUCUGCGAGACCUGGCCUCCAUCAGUAUUUCAUUUCAGACUGAGCGCUCCAGCAAGCGACAAGGGAAACUGCUACUCUCUAGCGAGCGUGGCCAUGUCCACAUCAAGGAAAUUGGUGUACCAUUUAAGGUAGUGCGAACCACGGACAAAGGCUGCCUUUUUGGGAGGGACGUUAAAGGUGUUCAAGGCUUAAAGGUCAGCGAGGAGAAAGAAACAGAGGGGUCGGCUGCCACCUGCAAGCAAAAAAAGGUUAAGCUUCAAGGAACCAAGAAAAAGGGGUGCACUGCAAUGAUGCACAUCAAAGAGAUUGAAAUUUACCCAGAAUUCCAGACGAACCUCUCGAACCAAUGUUCAAAGUGGAAGCAUCAGCUUGCAUCAGAAGAGGUAUUCUCCAGACUUGAAUUGGCACUCCAAGAGGAGACAGAUGCAAAACCUGUUUUACGGAUGAGGCGGUUUUAUGUAAGCAUGAGUGACAAAGACAGUCACUGCAAUCAUGAUGUCGAUGCAUGUUGUGCAGGCUAUGCACAGCCUGUCAGUGCAGACUUAUCAAAGAAGGUAAUCGAGUUGGUGCAACAACGAGUCACAUCAGUGAAGACCAUGGAAAGUUGCCAAAAUUUUUAUGUUAAAGAAGUCUUAUUUGCAAAUAAGCAGAGCCCAUGCAGAGAAUUUUACCCUACCAAAAGAGACUUGGCAAUUCACAUUCAAAGUGCACUUAGUAAGGAUCGGGUCAGUACUCUGGACCAAGAAAAUGUUGCUAAUUGCGUGGAACAAUUAAGGAAGAAAAUGCCAACAACACGUAUCUUCUUUCGUGCCCAUCAGGAACAGUGUCCAAAUUUAUCAAAAGAUAAUGAGCAAGAAGACGCAGAGCUUGACAGUGACAUUGAUGAAAAAGAGGCAUCACACCAACGCAGGCGACACAUGCUGUCAGAAAUAAGAGCUCGAGGAGAGCAGAUACUUUCUUCACUUGACUAUGUGCAGGAUGAUGCAGUGUUGGAACAUGUGUUAAAUACAUUCAAUGAGACCAAAGCUCUAGUGGACAAAAAUAUGGCAACAUGUAGCGGAAUAGCCAUCAGAGGUUCACCAACAAAGGUAUGCUCAGGAAUUAAAAGGAAAGGUAAAAAAAAAACAGCACCAGCAAAAAGAAAACAGAUUGCAAGUGGUCUCGCGAAGCAAGACACUGCAAAAGAACACUGGGUUUGUCGUGGCCGAGUCGGCCAGAAAGCUGAGACCCUUCGCCAGACUUAUAAGGCACCUGUUUUGUUGUACGUGGUCCCAGCAUUGCCUCAAAAUUAAGAAAGAAAGCUUGAAUUUGGAGCCUUUGAAUAAUUAUUUAAGCUUUCCAAAUGGUCCUUUGAAGUAACAUUGUUUUAGAAGAUGUUUUUGUAUGUAUAAUAUUUUAAUUCACUGCAGCAGCUUGUGUGCAAUAUUGUGCAAGUUUGACAAUGUUUAUUUUAUUUUGGUUAAGCAAAACAAAGAACUACAAGACGCAAGGUGUUACAAAGGCACGCUUCCCUCACUUUAUUAUUUAGAGGUUUGAUAUUGAUAUCAAACCUCUAAUGUAUAUUGAAUCAUAUUUCGGAAUUUCUAACUGCUCAUAAUGCCCUAUCUGAGUCUCAACAUGGAUUCAGAAAAGGUUAUUCUAUUUGUACCCAAUUAGUUCAGGCUGUUCACGAUUUUGCAUUGGCAAUUAAUAAAGGUGUGCAGACUGAUGCAAUUUUUAUGGAUUUUUAAAGGCAUUUGAUAAGGUUUCUCACAAAAAAUUAAUUUUCAAACUAGACAACAUGCUCAAAAACAAGCAGUUAACUAAACGGAUUUUAUCUUACCUUCAUAGCCGGCAGCAAUUCGUUGUAUUUAAAGAUAAAUGCUCUGAGAGGGUGUCUGUGGAAUCUGGUGUCCUCCAGGGAUCGGUACUUGGACCACUUCUUUUUCUUUUAUAUAUCAGUGACAUUGUAAAUGACAUACACAUUAACAUAAAUCUCUAUGCAGAUGACUACGUUAUUUACUCAGAGGUAGAAAACUCUAAUGACCAAAUAAUGUUACAUGCCGCAUUUCAAAAAGUUAAAUCUUGGUGCAAACUUGGCAGAUACCAUAAACUUUGAAAAAACCGUAUUUAUGCGCAUUUCGCACAAAAAAAGAGCCCCUCUUGUUCCAGUAUUGCUCUAACAAUAUAUUCCUUGCUGAGGUGCAGUACUACAAGUAUCUAGGGGUUUACAUUACCAGCAACCUGACGUGGAAUAAGCAUAUCGAUUAUGUUGCAACUUGUGCUAACACAAGACUAUCAUUUCUUAGGAGAGCUCUGAAGCACUCCACUCCCACUGUGCGCUUACUGCCGUACAAAUCAACAGUUCUACCCAUUCUAGAUGAUGCAGUCAUUAUAUGGGAUCCUUUUAUGUUGACUAAUAAAAACAAGAUUGAAAAAAUACAAAGAAAGGCAGCCCGUUCUAUGUACAGGUCGGUCCACCGUUAAAGGGAACAAUU